UGAGAGCCGCGACCGCCGGGAGCGCACCUGCCCCGCCUCCGCCAGGCGGGCCGCGGAGCAUGCAGCGGACCGGGGGCGGGGCUCCGAGGCCCGGGCGCAACCACGGGCUCCCAGGCAGCCUCCGCCAACCCGACCCCGCCGCCCUCCUGAUGCUGCUCGUGAACGCCGAUCGGCCGGAGCCCGUGCGCAGCGGAGCGCGGGAGCUCGCGCUCUUCCUGACCCCCGAGCCUGGGGCCGAGGCGAAGGAGGUGGAGGAGACCAUCGAGGGCAUGCUCCUCAGGCUGGAAGAGUUUUGCAGCCUGGCUGACCUGAUCAGGAGUGAUACAUCACAGAUCCUGGAGGAAAACAUCCCAGUCCUUAAGGCCAAACUGACAGAAAUGCGUGGCAUCUACGCCAAAGUGGACCGGCUAGAGGCCUUCGUCAAGAUGGUCGGACACCAUGUUGCCUUCCUGGAAGCGGACGUGCUUCAGGCUGAGCGGGACCAUGGGGCCUUCCCGCAGGCCCUGCGGAGGUGGCUGGGAUCUGCAGGGCUCCCCUCCUUCAGGAACAAGUCGCCUGCACCAGUACCCGUGACGUAUGAGCUGCCCACACUGUACAGGACGGAGGACUAUUUUCCUGCGGACGCCAGGGAGGCACAGCACCACCCCCGCACCUGCCCUCGGCCUUUGUGAGCUUUGUGGUCUUCCCAUCAGGAAUGCUGGAAAAGUGACAUUGUGUACAUGCUGCAGCUUGGGGGGUUUUUUCUUUGUAUUGCUGUUUAUUUUAUAUUUUAAAAAGAUUUUUUUAAAUGUCGAGAUGGGCUCUCACUAUGUUGUCCAGGCUGAUCUCAAACUCCUGGGCUCAAGUGAUCCACCCGCCUUGGCCUUCCAACGUGGUGGGAUCACGGGCAGCAGCCUCCGUGCCCAGGCUGCUGCCACUUUCAGAUUUCCUCCCUGCCUCAUGUGAGACUACAGGGUUUGGAGAAGCAGUUGGAACCCACAUGUGGUGCCUCCCACGUUGGCCUGCCUGGGGUUCCACAGGGGUUGAGGGGCCAGGCCUGGCCGGGGCUGAUGGACAGUGGGGACUUUCCUUCUCUCCAUGAUGGCUUUGCAGGGGCUCCAUGGUCCUCUCCGUGAUGGGGUUUUGCACGGGGUGCGCUCUGCCACUGUGGUGGGUGGAUGGGUGGAUGGGUGCUGGUUGUGUUGCCUCUAGACCUCGGUGCCCACAGCCUUGAGGAUCCUUCCAAUAAAGGCGUCAAGAGCUCA